AUGUCGACACCGGUUUCCAAGAAAACAUUCAGCUUAAGAGUUACAGCCGCUAUCGGCCUCAUUGGCACCAUUCUGGCUUUUGUGCUGUAUUUUAAGGCACCAUCUCAUGUUUGCCCCCCUAGAUUUGCUCAAGAGGAAUAUCGUCAUCCACAAGAAAAGCCCAUAGUCCUGGUGUGGUUCUGGCCUCUCGGUAUACAGUUUGAUUUCAAAAUCUGCUCAACACACUUCCACAUUGAUAGUUGUGUUCUGACGGAUAAUAGAUCCCUCUACAGUCAAGCAGAGGGAGUCAUUUUCUUCCAGAAAGAUAUAGACAAGUAUUUGCGAAACUUGCCGCAGGACCCCCGUCCAGCUUUUCAGAAGUGGAUUUGGUUCCAUGUCGAAUCGCCGAAGAAGACAGCGACGCCACCGGGUCUGGACAACCUGUUCAACUUAACGCUGAGCUACAGAAGAGAUGCUGACAUCACCGUGAGGAAUGAGCUCACGAUCAGAAAGACAGAACUGAAAGAGGACUUUGUUCUGCCCAAGAAAGACAAACUAGUGUGUUGGAUUGUCAGUAACAAAAACCCUAAAACUGGAACAGCUGUGAGAGAACAAUAUUAUCGUAAUCUAUCCAAACACAUCGAGAUCCACAUGUUUGGUAGAGCCUAUGGAGGGCACAUUUUGAGUUAUGAUGAAUAUUAUUCAACCAUUGCUAGCUGUAAGUUUUACCUCUCAUUUGAGAACUCGAUCCACAGAGACUACAUCACAGAGAAGGUUAACGGGCCCCUGGUGGCGGGGACGGUCCCUGUAGUUUUGGGUCCGCCAAGAGAAAACUAUGAGCAGUUCCUUCCUGCCGACGCCUUUAUUCACGAAAAUGAUUUUCCUGAUGCAAAGUCACUGGCAGACUUUCUGCUGCAAAUGAAUGACGAGGCGUAUGGACGUUACUUUGAGUGGAGGAAGUUCUUCACAGCCACCCCUCAUCUGCUGGCAACCAAGAAUGAAUUCAUUUAUCCUAUCUGCCUCGCCUGUGACCACAUAUCAAGAGACAAGGAUUUCCAUGUAGUUCAGAACCUUUAUGAGUGGUACUUUAGGGAACAGAAUUGA